GACAACACACCACCCCAGUUAGAAUUAACCACGCCAACUAACCGUCUAGUCAAUCAUGAAGAUCACAUGCACAAUGCACAAGUGCCGUCCACUGAAGCCAUCACCACGACCAUAGCAACAACAACCUCGAUUGUGCCCAGUGAAGAGCCUCCAAUUACAACUCACAGGCCCAUCACGUUGACCCCAUUGUUCGGUGCCAAAACCGUAAGGCAAGACGAACUUGGGGCCACAACUCAAGGUCGACAUCUUACCACGUCUUCCACUACAAGUGCUUCGUUAGAACAGCCUUCGACAGAGGCAGACCUCAAAGAAACUUCGCCUUUCAAAUCAGUGUCUAAGCUAAGUGGCCUUAGGAGAAUUCCAGCCGGUUUCUUCACCACGCCCAGUCCGCAUUUUUCGUCCUUUCCUCCACGAGAUUUUGAUGACGAUGUUGAGGCUGAGUUGUCAACGAGACGAUCUUUUGCUCGAGUGGAAAGAAGUACUCUUGGCCCGAUAGUCCUGGUGACUACAUCGGAUUAUCUAAGACGAGGUGUUAGCGGUCAUUCUUUUCAAGAUGUUUCCAUAAUGACCUCCACUCAGCCGUCCACUCCCGAAGUUGAAGAAGUGACCAAAGAAGAGACUUCGGAGGAGACUACAAAACGGCCAAAGCCCAAGUUGAUCAAGAAGAGUAAGAUUAAAAUCAAGAAGAGUCUAUUUGGUCGAAAACGGCCGAAUUUUUUGAAGGCCCUCGAAAAGACUAUCAUUGAAGAAAAGGAUCAAGAUCGCAAGGCUGGAAAUCUUCUCUUUGGAAGGACAACUGAUGACGAGUCCCUCGGUAACAACACUAACAAGAUAGAACGGCCCACAGAGCAAGAAGCUUCCGAGACAGACCUGUUACAACGACCAAAACCAGCGAGGUUGCUGAUCGCAAAAGUUUUCUCAAAGCUAGGCUAAAGAACAAGCUCAGGUAUGGUAGGAAAUCGUUUGCUUCGGCUGCUUCUACUCGCAAAUUUGCACCGCCGCCACUUGUACCCACUUCAUCCAGCGACCCCCAAAACCCUCCUGCUCGAGCCUCUCCACCCUCAUUCCUGAGAAGGAAGCUCAAAAAAUCCCUCUCCUCUCCCUCCUCCUCAACCUCAAACUCCUCUUCAACCUCCACGUCCUCCUCCUUCUCCAAUACCACCACCACCACCACUACCACCACCACUGAGACGUCCUCAAUUCCUAAUGCUUCCAAUGCUACCACAACUCCCAAUCCCCCUUCCUCCUCAGAGAGUCAGGUAGUGACUAGUCUACCAUUCAUUCCCCUAUGACCCCCGGGACCGCUGGUAUCUGACGCUAAAUCAAGAGAUUGCUAAACAAGAGAUGUGGCACCCGCUUAAAUUGCUUGGACAUAAACAGCCCCACUUGACCUGGUGUGGAGGAAUAUCCCAAUUGGAUGGGGACGGAACCACUAAACUUAGAGAAACAAUGUAGUCGUAAAUUGAUUUCCAAACAACUUAAACCUCCUCACUACUACUUUGCAGAGUCAACCCAGUAAUGUGACUCCAUCUCCACGGAUGGAUGCAUUCCUAACCUAAUCCUCUAACCCACCUCCUAUCACGCUUAGCUUAUCAAAAUCCAACUUUAAUCUUAGAAUUAAGUUCACUGAAAAUUAACCUUAAAUCGCUUAGAUUAAAUUAGUCCAACUGUUGGGCUGGGACUGCCUUCCAUUAUAAAGGAUGGUCUUAUUAAUGAAAGGCAGAAUUUGAGACAGCCAUCUGAGCAUUUCAGGAGAAAUCCAGAAAGAUUCGUACAUUAGUAUAAGUCUGACAUUUUGCUUUCUAAACAAUUGCGACCUUGAAUGUUCAAGUUUUGAACAAAACAGUAAGGCACAAUGUCAAACAUUAAUGGAAUAUUUUUACACCAUAUCGGUGCUCAUGUCGAUCCAUGUCUUUGUUCGCUAAUAUUUCUCCUCAAA